UUCGAAACCAUGCGCGCGAACCUCGCUGAGAUGAACCGCCAGACACAAGAGUACCUCGAUCGCUUCCAAGCGUCGACGACGACUCCCGAGCACCCACCCGUCCUCUCGGGCCUGCGCAAUGUCCAGCUCCCGACGCCUGCCGCGAGCAUCGACGACGGGGCGCCGCAUCCUGGGCGCCGGCGCUCGUUUUUGGAGACCCAGAUAGCCCGGCGGCGCCAGCUGCACCAUUCGGAUGAUCCGAAUACGAUUCUCGGCAGGCGGGUGGCUGCUCGGGAGGCCGCGGGGACCAGCAGCAGCAGCAGCAGCAGCAGCAGUGUGCGGGCAGCAGUGGAGGGCUCUCCGCAUGCAGAACAAGUUCUGAGGGCGGUCGAGAUGGAGCGGGAGCUGCUGCAUCUGCGCUCGAAUGGUGCCCAUCUGCAGCGGCGGACGGAUCCGGGUCAGCGGACACUAGGGCGCUUAGAGACGUUUGCGACGGCGCGCGCUGAUGCGAUCCGUGUUGCUCGGUCUAGUCUGGAUAUGGAGAUGGCUAGAUUGAGACAGCACCAGCACCAGCACCAGCAACAGUUGUCGGCUGCGCCGCUGAGCCCCAGGUCAACGAACAUGACACGGCGCUGGCGCGCUUCUCGGUCGAGCGACAGCCGGCAGAGCUCGACGAAUUCAUCGCAAUCUCUCGCUUCCCUGCCUCAUCGCGAGAGGCUUUCUCUGCUGUCCAAUUUCUCCUCGAUACAGAAUCUGCAAACGCCGACUUCGGCUCAUGCUCCAGGACCGCUUCUGUUUGAGGAGCCGGAGAGCUACUCCAGACGCCUGUCGCGGGACUUUCUCGAAUCGCCUGUUGGCACUGAUCGCCGUUUCUCUGUUCUCGGGACAUCUCAACUCAACGAGGAAGAGAGCAUACGAGAUAGUCUAUGGGAGGAGCUUGAUGAAGUCAAUGCGAGCUGGGAAAGCACUAUCUGGGAUACUCUUCCCCGAGACGGGGGAACUCGUCCUCGGCCCGCACCAAAUCCGAGCCCCGUACCCGGCCGACAUCGAGGAUGGGCUAGGCUGGAUGCCAAUGGAGACUUGAUACCUUCCGACGAAGAAGAAGAGUAUGAGCGCAUCCGUCUUGAAGCCCGGAUGGAAUCUCUUCGGCAGGCGAGAGCUUCUACGGCUACCGCCGUUAUGGCCGAAGCAGGACGGCAGGCGCAGAGCGCUCUCCUCCCACCGCGGGUGAUCCGGACCUCGAUUUCCCCCGUCGACCAGCCUGAGCGUGACCAUCCUCGAGUGCACCUCAACUCACGUGAGCAGCGCCCGGACUGGAGCGAAGUCGAGGGGCAGUAUGGAUCCGCGGUUCCAUACAGGGUGAACCCGCUGCCUGCGCCCCUGGAGGACAUGGUCACGCUCAAGUCUAAAUCCACUUCUAGGCCCAUGCGUUUUUCGAGGGAAGCCAUGCUUGCGUGUCACUAGCGCGUCACACCCGUAAAUUAUGCGACACAUUUUGUAUUUGGUAUUCGAUUUGCAAUAGUAGAGAAUAAUAAUGGGUUUGCAUAGUACAUUACUUCCUUCCUUCCUUUAUUUCUUUCGGCCAAGAAAACGACACAGAGCCCAAGAAAAACGAGUGUUGUGAGUUGGCUUAUGCGGCGACACCGAUUCCGAUGCGGCCGAGAAAGCGGUUGAAACGCCCCUGUCCGCAGCUGCGGGCGCUUUUGUAGGUGCGGACACUCCGGAAACUUUCCAUCGAGGGGAGUGCAUGCAGCACAGGAACCCCGACACUGCCACCGCCAGCGAUGGAUGCAGCUUUGGACGGGCGUGACCAGCUGCUGUGUUCAGGCAGUGCCCCAAGCUCGCUCGUAAGGAAUGUGGGCGACUUCUUGCAUCUUACGUCAGCUCCCCCGUUCGGUGAGGAAGGGAUGACUCCGAGAUGCGUCGAGGAGUUGUUGCGCGAUGCUCGGCCGAGCGAGCUAACGGCGUCUGGGUGCGAUGCUGGGGUAAGCGCAUACGGCCCAGAGAUCUCCACCCGAGGCUUGCGGGGCGGAGUCUUAGUUCGGGAGCGUAAAGUAAGAAACCGCUUCAAACUGGCAUAACCCUUCCCUGAGUCCUUGAAUACAUCCUCCUCGUCUUCGUCUUCGAGCGGAAGAACCCGCGGAUCCCAUUCCUCGCCUCUAACGCUGCCGUCGCCCACCUGGGCAAGCCGAUCCCGAUCUCCAGCGAAUCGAAGGAGAGGCAAGUCUUCGAACGUCACAGAUUUGCUCGCCGACGAGUGCUUCGUCAAGAUAGACGGUGAUCGCUUCGGCGACCGCGACAAAAUAGACCGCGUCGGCGUCGUGGCCCGCGACUCGGCAUAGAUCGAAGGCGAGGGGGGUGUCCUCGGCAAACUGCCUGUGCUGCUCGUAGUGGAGAUCGAUGACGACUCAGAUGCAGAGCGUUCGCGGUGGAUCGGAAGUCUGCUGACUCCUCCAAAGUCUUUGGCGCGCGGCAGUGCCCUGAAGUCCAACAAAUUCGGCGAAGAGCGCGAGAUGGAACCGGCUCGACGCGGGCCAGAUGGCGACCGAUUCGAGCCAGCCUGGAGCGGAGCCACGGUAGACCAAAACGGAGAUUGAUUCAUUUCCGUGACGGUAGUAGCAGAAGUUGGGGUGCGCGGCCGGAACGAAGUUGGCGGCCGGAUUCGAGAAGGAGUCGGCGUGAUGGACCGUGAGCUCGAUGAGGUGCGGGAGAGGGAUGGAGAGCUCGACGUCGAGCCCGACAGACUUGACGGGGAGCGAGAGAGCGUCGAUGGAGAACGGGGACGCCGGUAGAGCCAUUCUGUUGGUCGAGGCGAAAUACGAGUCGGAGGACCGUCUGAUGGCAAACUGGGAACUGAUCGCGGUGGCGUAGACGGCAAACGCUGCUCAUCGGCAGAGGAGGGCAGGCUAGUUCCACCUCGCUGAUCAAUAGCUUAGCAGUGUUCGCUCCAUCACAAGAUGCGCAAGACGUACGGAGUAGCCCACUCGACCUUUAGAAUCCGCACUACGCUUGGCGCUGCCGAAAAAGUCAUCGAGCAAUAUCGACCGGCGAGCGCUGUCGUCCAAUCGCGGGCGCGAGCACUUCGGUUUCUUUCGACAGAUGUCAGCGACGCAGAAAAUGUUUUCUUGAUGCAAUACAGACCAGGGACUGCGCUUUGACCGACUCGGGGGGAGAGACCAGCUCGUCAGAAUCCUCUCCGAACGCUUGGCUGGCGUUGAGCCAGCGAAUCUCGUCGAUUGUGAGCGAAGUGUAGAACCUUGAGGAUACAUUGCCUCUCCGC